AUGGCUAAGCCCACUGUUGUUUUCGUUCUCGGCCCGCCCGGUGCCGGCAAGGGCACGCAAAGUUCCAACAUUGUCAAGAACUUCAACUUUACCCAUCUCUCGGCUGGUGAUUUGCUCCGCGCCGAGCGCAACACGGGCUCAGAUUUGGCUGACCUCAUCAACGGCUACAUCAAGGAAGGCAAGAUUGUGCCCGUCAAAAUCACUUGUGGCUUGAUUGAAAAGGCCAUGCAAGAGGAUCCCAACUCCAAGUUUUUGAUUGAUGGCUUUCCCCGCAACAAAGACAACCUGGAUGGCUGGAACGAGGUGAUGGCUGACAAGGUUGAUGCACGUUUUGUUCUCUUCUUGGACUGCCCUGCCGAGGUCAGCGGGCGCCUCCUGCUUGUGUCGACCGAGCGUUGCCUUUCUCGCGGUGCUGCCGGAGGUGGCCGCGUCGAUGACAACCUUGAAUCCCUCCAGAAGCGCCAUGCCACAUAUGAGAAUGAGACCAAGCCCGUUCUGGAUGAAUUCCUGAAGCAGGGCAUGCUGCGCAAGAUUGAUGCCACUCGCGAUGUGGAUGCAGUAUGGACGGAUGUGGAUGCCCUCUUCCGUGAGGAGAACCUGGCCUAA